UCCCACUCGCAGCGAGCCAGCCCUCCAGUGUCCGGCAACAAGUCCCAGUGACGCAGCCCUCCACUCUAGUAGUGAACCACCAGCCACCACCAGUCCCGCUCUUUCACUCCUCCGCAGCCCAGCCAUGGCCGGGAUUGUGAAGCCGCCGGGCGCUUUCUCCGUCACACCUCACAGGGUCUCCAUUUGCAUUCUGAUUCAAAUAUACGCUCCGCCGGCCCAACCCUCCGUUCCCUUCCCUUUCUCAUCCGUCGCUCAACACAACAGCCUUGCCAUGUACUUAAUCUCUCUCACUAAGUCAUGUGAGGAUAUUUUUGAGCCGAAGCUAGAUGAGCUGAUUGCGCAGUUGAGGGAAGUCGUCGGACCAUUGAAUGAUUGGUUGAGUGAGAACUUGACACGGAGGCUAUCGUCUUUAGCAUCCCCUGACGAUUUGUUUAACUUCUUUAAUGAAUUGCGAGGCGUACUUGGAGGUUCCUAUUCGAAUGAUAUAGAUGAUGAUCAAAUCAGUUUGGAUCCUAGUAGCAACCUUGGAAUGUUUGUUCGUAGAUGCCUACUUGCAUUCAAUCUUUUGUCAUUUGAGGCUGCAUGUCAUCUAUUAACACAUAUAGUGACUUAUUGCAAGGAGUCACUAUCAAGUUGUUCUCAUUACGAGUUGAAUUUUGAUGAUCCAAGUUGUGAUCCAGAAGCACCAAUGGAGUAUGAGAACAUGGAGCUGGAGAAUUUUGUUUAUGAAAAGGUCAACAAAGAAAUGGAAGCAAAAAACAUAGCUAACGAAAGAGUUUCAUUUCAUAAUCAUGCUCCUAGGGCACUUGUUGGGUUAGUUGAAGGAAAUGUUGUUUCUCACAGUCCAAAGUUGGAACACAUUGGUAAACCUGAGGAAUUCAGCCCAAAUGGAUCUUCAUCAUGUGAUGCAUCAAAUGGUGCUAAUUCUUCAGUUGCUAUGUUCCUACGAACAAACUGGCAAAUACAAGGUUACCUAUUAGAUCAGGCUAGUUUAAUAGAAAAGCAUGGAAGCUCCUUCCUUCUCAAUGCAUUUGAUUCUGUUUUACAACAACUCCAGAAACUGGCACCUGAGCUACAUCGUGUUCACUUCUUACGAUACUUGAAUAGCCUUUAUCAUGAUGACUUCCCUGCUGCUUUGGAAAAUCUUCAUCGCUAUUUUGAUUACAGUGCAGGGACAGAAGGAUGUGACUAUGUACCUCCUCCUUCUUCCGAAGGUGGCAUAUUUGGGAGAUAUGAAAUUGCAUUGUUAUGUUUAGGAAUGAUGCAUUUUCAUUUUGGCCACCCAAAACAAGCUUUGGAGGUGUUCAGUGAAGCUGUUCGAGUUUCUCAACAGUAUAGUGACGAUACAUGCCUUGCUUAUACAUUAACAACUAUUUGCAAGCUGUUGUCUAAUGUUGGUCUCUCAAACACGACCAGUUUUAUUGGAUCAUCAUAUUCACCAGUUGCCUACAUAGGCACUUCUUUGUCAGUUCAACAACAAUUAUAUGUUCUCUUGAGAAGGUCCUUGAAGCGAGCGGAAAGUCUAAAGUUGAAACGAUUGGUGGCCUCUAAUCACCUUGCCGUGGCUAAAUUUGACCUGACACAUGUUCAAAGACCUCUGCUCUCAUUUGGUCCAAAGGCCACCAUGAAGCUUGCAACAUGUCCGAUCAAUGUCUGCAAGGAACUGAGGUUAAGCUCUCAUCUGAUUAAUGACUUUGGAGAUGAAACUUCAACACUAACCUCAGAUGGUGCUUUUUGUACUGAAUGGCUUAAGGAUUUGAAAAAGCCAAAUGGUUGCCUUAUUUUUGCCCAGGAAAAUGAAUCGAGUAAUAACAGGGCUUUCCACUUCUGUGCACAGCCUAGUUCCAUUCCUGGGUCUGUGUUGCAGCUCUUAGGUUCUUCAUAUUUGGUCCGUGCUACUGCAUGGGAGGUCUAUGGCAGUGCCCCUCUUGCUCGAAUGAAUGCUCUGGCUUUUGCAACUUGUUUUUCCGACUCAUCAAGUUCAGAGGAUGUCGCAUUGGCUUAUGCAAAACUUAUCCAGCAUCUGGCAGUAUAUAAAGGAUACAAAGAAGCAUUUGCUGCUCUCAAAAUAGCAGAGGAGAAGUUCUUAUGCAUUUCAAAGUCAAGAAUCCAGCUUGUAAAGCUGCAGUUACUCCACGAGCAUGCUUUACACCAGGGACGACUAAAAUUAGCUCAACAGCUAUGUGAUGAGUUAGGUGUUUAUGCUUCUUCUUUAGCUGGUGUGGAUAUGGAGAUAAAAGCUGAAGCAAGCUUCCGACAUGCACGGACAUUGCUUGCUGCAAACCAGUUUAGCCAGGCAGCAGCCGUUGCACACAUUCUUUUCUGCAUGUGCUACAAAUUCAGUUUGCAAGUUGAGAAUGCCAAUAUUCUUCUUUUGCUCGCAGAGAUUCACAAGAAAUCAGGCAAUGCUGUUUUAGGAAUUCCAUAUGCAUUGGCCAGCCUUUCCUUUUGCCAAUCUUUCAACUUGGAUCUUCUCAAAGCCUCUGCUACACUGACAUUGGCUGAGUUAUGGCUCUCACUUGGGUCGAGCCAUGCAAAAAGGGCUUUGGCUCUCAUACAUUCUGCUUUUCCUAUACUUCUUGGUCAUGGUGGUCUUGAGCUUCGUGCUCGGGCCUUCAUUACAGAAGCAAAAUGUUAUCUAGCUGACUCAAGCUUUUCAGUAUAUGAAGAACCAGAAAACGUGCUUCAACCUUUAAGGCAAGCUUUGGAAGAUUUGGAACAUCUAGAGUAUCAUGAGUUGGCAGCAGAAGCUUUUUACCUGAUGGCUGUAGUGUAUGACAAGUUGGGAAUGGUGAAUGAGAGGGAAGAAGCUGCAUCAUCCUUUAAGGAACACAUUUUGGCACUGGAGCAACCUUUGAACGAUGAAGAUCCUCAGCUCAGUUAAUUGCGAAGAAAGGUUUUCGUUCAUUUCAUGAAAAACUUUGCAUGUGUUUGUAGCCUAUGAAAGAAACAUACAUGUCAUGUAUGCUUUUGCUUGUAGUGAGUAAUGCUAAGUCUCUUGUACAGGCUCUAUUGUUGUAGAAGUUCACAAUGUAUGCCUUCAGAUCAAGAUUUCUAUUUGAAUUAACUUGUACAUUUUUUUUUCUUGUGAAAUUUGAAGUUCUAAUGAAAAAAAA